CACCACUAAUAAGACACCUGAGAAGUUAAUUUUUUGAAAAAUUAUCAAUUUCCAUUUACGCGCUCCCUUCCAUUUACCUCUCUAUCUCAUCAAUUCAAACUCCAAUUCACAUCUGAGAAUUACAAGGAAUGCGCAGCAUACCAGACGACGCCGUUUUCUCUCACGAUCCUCUCCUGCCAUGGCUACUGUCAAUCAAGAAGGCACUUGAUAACAAAUCAUACGGUGCAGAUUUAAACAAGCUUUUAUUGGAAUGUAUUUAUACUUUCAAGCAUAAUGCACAGUAUCGCAACGAUCCUAGGUUUCUCAAGAUUUGGAUCCUUUAUUUGGAAGGCAAUGAAAAUUGUGAAAGUGUUUUCAAAGAAAUGGAGGAGAACAAUAUAUGUUGUGACUAUUCAUUGCUGUACGAACUUUAUGCGGGAUUGCUUGAAAUAAAAGAGAAUUGGGAGGAAGCACAUAAGGUUUAUCUGAUUGGCAUUUCAAGGAAAGCUAAACCCCUUGAAAGUUUGAGGACUGCACAUGCUUCAUUUCUUGAUCGGUUGUCUCACAGGAUUAAUGCUUGUUCACUUCAAAAGGUUGAUGGCAGUGACUCCAUUAGCUCAGGGAAAUUAGAUAUUAAUCCAUGGUCCACAUCCACCAGGGAAGAGCUAUAUAAGAAGAUAAAUGCCCAGAUUAUGAAAUAUGAUGGAUACCAUCUGUAUAAGAAAGCAUAUCCUGGAAAAGUGGACUUGUCUUCUCUAGGCAAUGCGUCGAGGAAUAAAGUUGUUAAGAUAGGUGGAAAGCUUUACCAAAUCAAGGGCUGUGCUGGUCAAGGUGGUUUUGCUAAAGUCUAUAGAGCAUUUGAAAACAGUAAUCCGGAUGAGGUUGUUGCACUAAAGAUCCAGAAGCCUCCAUUUCCUUGGGAAUUUUACGUGUAUCGCCUUCUUGAUCAACGAAUCUCUGACGAGCAAAGGUCGAGUUUUGGUCUUGCUCACGGAAUGCAUGUCUAUUCUGACUACAGCAUACUUGUUUCUAACUACCUACCCCAUGGGACAUUCCAUGAUGUCAUUAAUUCUUAUGUUGUUGUGGGCAAGCCUAUGGAGGAGGUUUUAUGCAUUUAUUACACCAUAGAGAUGCUCUACAUUUUGGAGAUUAUACAUGGUGCUGGCUUAAUUCACGGUGACUUCAAGCCUGACAAUUUGCUUCUUCGUUAUUCCAGGGAAGAUCUCACUGUAGAUGGGUUUGAGAAUAGAACUGGCCCUUGGGUUGAUCAGGGCCUAUGCCUUGUUGAUUGGGGAAAGGGAAUAGACCUUCAUCUCUUUCCAAAUGACAUUAAGUUUAAGGGAGACUGCCGGACUUCUGGCUUUCGCUGUAUCGAAAUGAAAGAAGACAGGCACUGGAAGUUUCAGGUGGACACUUAUGGCCUUUGUGUAAUUGCGCAUAUGAUGCUACAUAAUUCCUACAUGGAGGUUGAAAAGAAAUCAACAUCUGAUGGUGGCUUUGUUUAUCUACCAAAAACUCCUUUUAGAAGAUAUUGGAACGUUGAUCUAUGGAAGGAACUCUUUACGAGGCUACUAAAUAGUAGUAGCCUUGAGAAUGACAAACAGUUACUGCAAGACUUAAAGGAACGGUUUCAGAAUCACUUGUGUACUAAUCAUCAACUGUUAAAGAAGCUGAAAGACUUGCUGGCAAAGCAAAGGCUUUCCUUCUGUUCCGCUUAGCAUACUCUCGACCAUUCUUCCCCCAGAUUAUGAAGAAUUCACUCAAUUGUGGUUUGCCUGAAGAUAUGAAACAUGCACAUAUGUAAAGAGUGUUGUAGGCUUGUUGUAUCCACCAAAAAUUUCCAGAAUAUGUAUAAUUGUUUAUUUUUCAAUUGUUUAAAUCUUCUAAAAAUAGUCUCCUUCAGUUUGUAUUUAGUUUUCAAUUCUUUUUAGAUGAUUUCAUUUUAUUUCA